AAAACCCCUCAUAAAUGUUUAUCUCCAACACUUUAAAUACGGCAUGCAUUUUAUCAAUAUUGUCAGUGUUUAACAAUCACAAUACAUACAAGCAACAUGAAGUUUGUGUUCGUUCUCUUGAUAGCAGUUUUGUUAAUACAAGGCCAAUUCACAGAGGCCUCAAGAGAUGCAGGUCCACAUGGAGCUAAUCGAGGUAAUUCAGGUGGAAGAAACUCAGGACACGGAGGAAGCAAUGGAAAUGGUGGAAAUAGAGGAGGAAGUGGUGGUCCCGGAAAUGGAAAUGGAGCAAGAGGAAUAGCGUAAUGAAAAAGUUAACCAACAAUGAUGACAUACAUGUAUAUAAUACUAUAUUGUUAUAUUAUAGAUAAUUUUGAUUGUAUUAUUACUAUACUAAAUUAAAUAGAAGUGAAAUAAAGUUACUUCUUGCAUUUUUGAAAUAAUUUUUAUACAGUUUUAGUUUUUAAAUGAAUGAUUUUUGCGUUUUGUACAAAUUACGUUAACAUAGCUAACGUAAAUUAAUGGGUAAAACUCCGUAAUUGGCUGUAUACCAUCGUUUAAAAAACACAGAAGUUAAAACACUUCACAAUUGUGUAUUUUGGUAUAAAAACUUUUUUUUUUUUUAAUUUGGUGGAUAAACCAUAUAUCUAACUUUAAGUUGUUUGUUUGUGUUGCUAGCCGCAAAUACUGAAGAGCCAAAUUGACCAUACUGUCCAUAAUACAAAAUUAAUGGGAAAAACUCCGUAAUUAGCUGUAUACCAUCGUUUAAAAAAACACAGAAGUUAAAACACUUCACAAUUGUGUAUUUUGGUAUAAAAACUAUUAGAUUAUUAGAGUUGUAGCAAAGUCUGUUUCGGCUUUUUGUAUUAAACUCAUGUAUUCGCAUCAUAGAACAUAGCUGUGUUAUCUGCAAAGAUUAUUAUAUUACCUGUAAUAUUCAGUUUAAUAGAUCAUUGAUGUAAACAUUGAAGAGAAUUAGUCCUAAGAUUGUUGUCUGCGGGACUCCAUAGGAUAUAAUUUUUCCCUUACCAAUUUCUCCAUCUAUAUAAACAUGUUGUUACCUGUUUAGAAGAUACCUUUCUAGGAUAUUAUAUUCAAGCUCUCUAAUACCAUAUUUUUUUAGUUUAGUUAGCAAUAUUUUAUGUGAAACAGUGUCAAAUGCCUGAUUAGUCUACAAAUAUACAAAGAGCUGGUUUUCCAUUAUCAAGAGCUUUGUAGGUGUUAGUUGUUAGAGCACAGACUGCGUCUUCAGUGGCUUUUCCUUCUUGAAAGCCAUACUGACAUUCAGAUAGUAUAUUGAAUUUGAAAAAAAAGUGUAAGUAUAAUAUAUAAGCAAUUUAUAAAUAACAAAAUAACUAAUGCAGAACGUAAUGCAAUUACUAUACAAAAUUAGGUAACCACUCGAGUAGGUAAACUACAAGAGUAUUUUGAUGUUUGCUAAAAGUGGUAGCAAUUUACAGGAAGUUUGUACCAAAAUUAACAUAAUUUGACAGUUCAAGACCAUUAAAUUUUAAUGAAAUAUUAUUAUCAAAAUUUAUUAUUUAUGUAUGUAAAGAAUAUGUAUUAUAAAUUAGUAGUAGACAGAAAAUAAACGUACUACAUAAAUAUAUGCAUCUUUAUUUACUUAUUGUUUACAUUACUGAAACUAAUAACCAUACCGAUAUAUCACCUUAAUAUCUAAUAAUAAAAACGACGCCUUCUAAAGAAAGGAAAAACUGGAAAUCCGCCGAAUCCAAUAAGUGGUCUCCCAAAUCCACCAAAACCUCCACCAAAACCUCUACCAAAUCCUCCACCGAAUCCCCUUCCAAAUCCUCCACCGAAUCCUCUUCCAAAUCCUCCACCAAAUCCUCUUCCAAAUCCUCCACCAAAUCCUCUUCCGAAUCCUCCACCAAAUCCUCUUCCUACUCCACCACCAAAUCCUCUUCCAACUCCUCCACCGAAGCCUCUUCCUCCACCGCCUCCUCUUCCUCCACCGCCUCCUCGACACUCACUUAUUUCAGUAAAAAGCGAGAACAUGAGGAGCACAAGGAUAAUCUGUAAUAUAGAUAAGACCUUUAAGUUAA